AUGCCACCGAUGAUACAUGCUGAUGCACGCUUCUUAACGAGUUGGUGGUCGUGGUCACGUUCCUAUCACAGUUGGGUGCCAGAGACGAAAGGCCCCCAAGAGAAGAUCCAAGGAAGCGAUUACUUGCAUGCCGCUGCCGCUGGCUGGUGA